GAACGCAUACAUAUGUAAUAAUGUAAGUUAUUAUCGGAGCGGGGGGCGGUCGUCAAGGAAUUUGUUUUUGUACGAUUAAAAUGUGUUGAUAACGUUAACAGCGGCUUUGUUGCCAGUAGCGCGUCAGAGGCCCGACGACCGGUCGUGUUUUUAUUCUCAAUUUAAUUAUACAUUAAAAUGUUUAAACUCGUCAGAAGCAUACGCCGACUGAGCGCACAAUGCCGGCACCACAGCCACGCGACCGUCAUCGGUACUGAGCCGAACCGAAGUGAUCCUUACUUUCAAGAGAAUAAGGCGAAAAUGGAUGAACUGAUCGACGAGCUUCAACAGAAAACCGGUGACGCUAUCAGAGGUGGGCCAGAGGACGCAGUAAAGAGGCACACGGCGAGAGGAAAAUUGCUUGUCAAAGACAGGAUUAACCGGUUAGUGGACGAGGGCUCCGAUGUAUUGGAAUUGAGCGCGCUCGCCGCCGCCGACAUGUACAAGGGCCAGGUUCCGAGCGCCGGUAUCGUCACCGCUAUCGGCAAAGUUCACGGUCGCGAUUGCAUGAUCGUCGCUAAUGAUGCAACCGUUAAAGGGGGAACUUAUUUUCCGAUUACCGUGAAGAAGCACUUACGCGCCCAGUCGAUCGCACAGGAAUGUCGGCUUCCGUGCAUUUAUCUUGUUGAUUCUGGUGGAGCCCAUCUCCCUGAUCAGGCUGAUGUGUUUCCGGACCGCGAACACUUCGGAAGAAUAUUUUACAAUCAAGCUAAUAUGUCAGCUGAGGGUAUACCGCAGAUAUCUGUUGUCAUGGGAUCGUGCACUGCGGGAGGAGCGUACAUCCCUAGUAUGUCAGACGAGAGUAUUAUAAUAAAAAAUCAAGGAACCAUUUUCUUGGCCGGCCCUCCAUUAGUCAAAGCCGCUACUGGUGAAUCAGUUUCUGCUGAAGAUUUAGGUGGAGCUGACCUACAUUGCCGGCAAUCAGGAGUAACGGAUCAUUAUGCUCUAGAUGAUGAGCAUGCUUUACAUUUAGCUAGGAAUGUCGUGGCCAACCUCAAUUGGAACAAUGACCAAAGAGCUAGAGUUUAUUCCUCGAAAAUUGAGGAGCCUGUUCAUGACAUUCAGGAUUUACACGGAAUAGUAGGUGCUAAUAUUCAGAGACCUUUCGACAUUAGAGAGGUUAUAUCCCGGAUAGUUGACGGAAGUAGAUUUCAUGAAUUCAAGCAACUUUAUGGGGACACUUUAGUCUGCGGCUUCGCCACAUUGUAUGGACACCCAGUAGGUGUAAUCGGGAACAACGGCGUUCUUAUGUCCGAAUCAGCUUUGAAGGGAUCCCAUUUCAUUCAGCUGUGCGCUGCUAGGAAGAUUCCUUUAGUGUUCCUGCAAAACAUUACAGGUUUUAUGGUAGGAAAAGACGCUGAAGCUGGCGGUAUUGCUAAAAAUGGAGCUAAAAUGGUAACUGCGGUCAGUUGUUUCAAAGGACCGAAAAUAACUGUGAUUGUUGGGGGAAGUUUCGGUGCUGGGAACUAUGGAAUGUGUGGGCGAGCGUAUUCGCCGAGUUUUCUUUUCAUGUGGCCCAACGCAAGAAUAUCCGUGAUGGGGGGACCACAAGCUGCAACAGUUCUCUCCUUGGUCGCCAAAGAAAAGGCUCAGCGUGAAGGGAAACCGUGGACUGAUGAAGAUGAAAAGAAAGUCAGGGGUCCAUUAGAAGCGCAAUUUGAGAAAGAGGGUCUUCCUUACUACAGUACAGCAAGGCUGUGGGAUGAUGGCAUUGUAGCUCCGAAAGAUACGAGAAAAAUUAUAGGCCUAAGUUUAUCGGCAGCUCUUAACGCACCGUUUAGAGAAAGCAAAUUCGGCAUCUUUAGAAUGUGAGUGAAAUUUGAACAAAGUGAAACUUUACAAGACUGUUUUGUUUAAUGUACUUAGUAAGACUUUAUUUUCUUCUCUAGAUAUAUUUUAAAAUUGUAAUAAAUCGCUUUUGGUGAUUUCGUACAGUGAUUUUUACCAUAUAUCUUAUCUUUGUUAGCAAGUGAACUUGUCACGUUCUUUUAUCUAAUUAAAAUGAGCAAUCAUUAACUACAGAUUAUGACAUGGUCGAUAAGAUUUAUUUUGGUUGUGACACGCCUCUUUAGAUAAUUGUUGCUGUAUCAUAUAGUGAGAAAAUUAAUGUUUCUAGUACAUCCUCGGUUGGUUUAGUUUUAGAGAAAACAAUGCAACGGUCUGGGCUUGGAUUUGACCAGUCUUCUUCAGUCCCUGCCUCCGUAGGGAAGUAAUUUCUAGUUAAGUACUUUCAAAAUCUCGUUGGAAUAAAUAAGCGACACAGAAAGCAAAGGUGCUCGUUUUUAGACAUAUGCGUUGUUGAAUUCAGUUGAGAAUAGUCCUUAAAAUUUGGCGAACGGAUGCCUGAUUUUUAAAAACAAAGUAAUUGUAGUUUUGGUCGAAGUAAAGAGUAAAAACUAAAUAAAAACAAUUGUAUUACCUACCUUAUACAUUAACUACAUUUGAAAAGUCAUUUUGAAAUAAAAAGAACAAUGGCUAUAUGAAAUGUAUUCAAUUACUAUGCAAAUCAUUAAAAAUGGUGUUACAAAGUUUAGGUUUAACUAAAGGAUUUGUGCCACUUAAUUUUAACGGUUUGUUUUUAGUGGUAAUAAAUACAAGGUCGAAAUGUCAAAAGAGGACCGAUAUAUGAAGUUUUUUCUAUUUCACUCAAUUAAAAAUUAGCCUUAAAAAUACUGUAUUCAGGUUUCAUGUGAGGUUAAUAUGUAGAUAGUAUAAGUAAGAUAAUUAAAGAAAGUGACUGCCAUUAGCGAAAUGUCCGUAAAUAGGACCGUGCUCUCAAGAGUGCAUUGACUUGUGUCUAUUUGUAUAGGUCAGUAAUUUCAAAAUCCAAAAUAGUUCAGAGAUUUGGAAAGCUCCAAGGACAAGCUGAUAGAUAGCGAAACUUUCGCUGCUUUCGUCUGUCGCAAAGACAAAUUUGUUGUAUCAAACAAACAUAUCACGUAGGCGCCAACCAACCAGCCAUUAUUUAACAAUUACUUAAAUGUGUAAAAACUUAAGUAAAUUUUAGAAACGUAUUUAAGAUACAUCGUCUUCUCGCAUUAAAACUGUAUAAACUCAAAACUUACUAAUUUUACAGGAGAGUGUUUUAAAGAUUUAAUAUGUAAUAUUUUUAAUAUUAAUGAUAUUUGCAACAUUUAUUUUUUAUUCUUUACAUUAUCUGUCUUUUAAAAGUAAGAUAAAAUUAUGUAUUAAUUUUGUUAAUAGUAGUCAAAAUAUACGUAAAAAAAAAACUAAAACUAAACUACGCUCUUUUGACAGUAUAUAUGAGAAAAAUACUGGUGAUAGAUACCAAACGAUUCCGCAUAUUAACUCAAUUUCGAAUAUAUUAGGAAAUUGUACGCUUUUAAUGCGAAAAGGCGACAUGUAAAAUUUAUUCAUAUUAUUAUUUCUGUCACGAUCAUAUUCCGUGGCGAGUGACAUGAUAAUAAACAUAAAGACAACUGGACAUAUUAAAACAACGCGCCGUGAACGUUCCAUUUCACGCUUUCGGACUGCAACGGUCGCAUGCGUGUGCGUUUUUUCACGAUGGAAUUCUUUAUAAGAAAAUCCACUAGCCGCUUUGUCUAUUAACAGAGUUAAUUGCCGAUAUACAUAGCCGGUGUACCGGUGGCCUGGUUAAUGGAAAUCGUUUUGCUGGCUAUCGAAGAAAUAUAGGCGUAAGAUAGGCUCUCUGGUUUAUUUUUUUGGUGUGCUGAAAAUUGUAUUUUCAAGUAAUUAAAAAAAAAACACUUUGGUUUCUAACAAUUUAAAAUGGUUUUGAGGUUGGAUGUUUGAUGAUGUCUAGUAAUUUAAUUUGAAGAGAAGGUGUGACGCUCUAAGAAAAUUCGAUUAAAACUGCUAAUUACUUUUUGUUAAAUUGUGUGCCUCAAUAAUUUCAGUUAGUAAUAUGGUUUCUAAAUGUUUAGUUCUGUCAAUAUUAAAUUACUUUAACAUAAAGGAAGUUAUGUUAAUCAUACAUUUAAUAGCAAAUAAAAUGAAUGCAUUUA